CUGCUUCCAGGCCUCCACUCCCUCGUCUCUCUCCCUCUCGAUCCGGCCUCUCCAUCGUCUCGCCCUCUCCAACGCUGCCGGCCGCCGCCUCUCCCCCGUCUCUCCCUCUCCGGUGCCGUGGUAGACCCAGCGAGAGGGGACGGCAGCGGGGAGGCACGAGCCGCUGCGGCACCUUCUACGGCGGCCAGGGCGGGCUAGCAGUGGGGCGGGUGCGAGCGGCUGCGGCGGCUACCGGCGGUGCAGACAGUGCUGUAUGCCAGGUAAAAAAAACAUGAAGGUCAAAAUUCUUCAGUGGCAUGCGGUGGCUUCUUGGACAUGGGACGCACAGGAUGAGACAUGUGGCAUAUGCAGGAUGGCUUUUGACGGCUGCUGCCCUGACUGUAAGUUCCCUGGUGAUGAGUGCCCAAUCAUUUGGGGUGCCUGCAACCAUGCAUUCCAUCUUCACUGCAUACUCAAGUGGGUCAAUUCUCAAACAUCAACCCCCCUCUGCCCCAUGUGCCGUAGGGAGUGGCAGUUCAAGGGCUAAGGACAUCUCUAACUAUGUCAGUACCAAGCAUUUUCAUAUCUCAUAGAGAACUAGAAUGGAUGUUUAACUGGAAUGUUGUUGUGUCGUCUUGUAAGUGAUUGUCAUACUUCUGGAAAUCAGGAUGGUUGCCAUCUUUUAAGUAAAACUGUGAGACAUUGAGCCACAGCUGUUGUGCCUUUUCAAGUUGUGACCAUGCAAAUGCAA